UAUAACGUAACGCACCUCAUCAAACAUUCACUGCCGAUAGAUUUCAAGUCAUGGAAGUUGCAGCGACAGAAGAGCACCUGAUAAAAGGGCGCCUCUGGAAAAUGUUGAGGGCUUUAGUUUUCCUUUCUAAAAGAGGUUCGUUAAUUAGCAGGUAUUUGCAUGCAGAGGUUACAAAGAAGGCAAAACUAUUUGCAAAUAACGUGCGCAAUUUGAUGUUUCAGAGCAGAUCGAGUGACCGUUUUGGGCUUAGAGAAUACGAAUUCUCAUCCUCCGAUAGCCUUGCAUUCACAAAUAAACUCACAAGACCAAGGCAACGUAACUAUUUUUCCUGCAUUCGUGCUACUUCUUUUGAGGCCGAGGAAGAAUACAAUAUGAGAGUAGACAUUCUGCAGCCUUGCAAUUUUCCUGCAUUUGAAGAGGUUGACGCCCAGACAUAUAAUAUGGGUGAUGGAGAAGAGUUGGGUACGCUUGUGUCCCGCUCUGUUGACGUUUCAGUGGAUAGAGAAGCGGAAGAUUUUAUUGCAAGAUUUUACAACCAAAUAAAACUGCAACGCCAGAUCUCUCUGUUACAGUACGAAGAGAUGCUCGUUAGAGGUGCCUCACGCUGAGUUGCCCACAAAGAGUUGAGACUGAUUUUGUUUUUCUAUUAAACUACUAUAUGCUCGCUACCUCAGCUGUAGGACAUUUCAACCUGGUUUUGUUUAUAUUUGUAAUGUUCGAAUGUUUUAAUAUAGUUACAUUUGUUAAGUUUGGUUCA